AUGGCUUCAGCUUAUCCGAAAACUUCCUAUCCCAAUGUCGCUUUUUAUGAAAAUAAAAUGGAAGCAGCACCAAAUGAUGUAUUCAUCGAUGAUAUAUUGAAUAAAUGGUGUGGAAACUUUGACUUAUUGGAAAAUAACCAUUUUUACAUUCAGUGGUUGUUUCCAAAUACUGAAAGAGGGAAGAAUGAACAUUCUUAUCCCCUCUCUCCUGAAGAAGCAAAGAUAUUCCGUGAAAGAGAAGAUUUGAAGAAAAAAGUCAAAAUGGCUUUUGAAAUGAUGCUGGAUUUUUAUGGCAUGAGGCUUGUUGGAAGCAACCAGUUUAAACUCACAGAAAAUGCUGAUGAAAUAUUAGCAGUACUUAAUACAGAGUACAAUCACAACCACCAACGUAUUACAAGAAUCCUAAAAGCACUUUUAGAAUUAGGAUAUGAAAAUUUGAUGCUACCUUGGUUGAAAUUUCUGGCUGAUUUGAUCUACAAAAAAAACAAACUCCCCUUUGCUCACUCUUCUUUUGAGAAACAUUGGGUUGAUACUUUAGAUGCUGAGAACAAAUUAGAGUUGAAGUCAUACGUUGAUGAAUUACCAAAAUUGAAACUAACUGACAUUACAACACAUAGGAAACCUAGUGAUACUAGUGAAAAUAUCACUAGUCCUUCAACUACUACUAACACAAAAGCACCUAUUGUGGGCAUUAACGCUUAUAGCAGGCCAGAGGAUGUUACAGCAACUACUUUCAACCCUGAUGUUUCUAAUACUUCAUCUCAAUCGAAAAUGAGGAAAACUGCUCAAAAUGACACUACAAAAAUUGGCAGUAUACAAGCAGGGAAUUCAAAAAUUAUUGCCUUCUAUAGAAAUGAAAUCCCAUUUGAACCAAACGGUGAAUUUAUAAAUGUUAUUCUGAAAACUUGGAGCAAAAAACCUGAGAAAUUAAUGAAUAAUUCCCAUUACAUUUACUGGCUUUUUCCAAACAAGUUACAUGGGAGUUUCUCAGGUCCAGCCCUUACAGAUGUAGAUGCAAAGGUAAUUCAAGAGACAUCAGAAUUGAAAGACAGAGUGUUGGCGGCUUUUAAAAUGAUGCUGGACUUUUAUGGCAUGGAUCUUGACCGGAAUAAUAAUUUUCACCUGGCAAAUCAAACAAAAUUGAUGAAACUUAAUGCCAUGAAUUGCCAUCAUUACAAAUAUAUUACAAGAAUCUUGCAUGCUCUCAAGCAACUUGGGCACAAAGAGUUAUUGAUGCCCUGGAUGAAGUUUCUGGCUUCUCUUAUUUUCUUUAAUGAAUAUAUUCCAAAUGCAAGUGACAGUUUUAGAAUUUACUGGAUAGAUGUGUUGGAAAACAAAGAACGAAAGGAAAUGUGGGCUUUACUUCCCUCUAACAGUUAA